AAGUCCCGGGUUGUUUUGGGUUUGCUCAGACCACGUGGAGCCACCAGGGUAUCUCCUGCUGCUUUAUAACCUCCUCACAGCUGGAAGCGACGCUACCAGCUGCUUUCUCCGCCUCGACUGCGGCGUUUCCGAACCACGAACGGUCCUUACGGAGGUUGAGAGAGAUGUCAGCGGGAGGACAGACCACCAGGAGCCGGAACAUCCCCGCUGUCAGACGGGUCGCCAUCCACGAUGCGGCUCACAUGCCCCAGGACUACUCCACGACCCCCGGGGGGACUCUGUUCAGCACCACGCCGGGAGGUACCAGAAUCAUCUACGACAGGAAGUUCCUCCUGCAGUGUCGGACGUCUCCUCUGACUCGUACGCCUCCCAACCUGCCGGACAUCCCAGGAGUCACCAGGCCGCUCAAACCCGACUCCCCCAGCAGCAGGAACCAGCCGGAACAGACGCCCAGCAACAACAGCAACCACAGCGAGAGCGCAGGUGAAGAUUCCCAGUUUGAAAUGGACAUCUGAAGAGAGACUGCUGUAUGGAUUUAAUAGAACAAACAAAAAAACAAAGUAGUUAGUUUUUAUUUACUGAGAUAAAAAAAACUUUUAACAUGAGAAGCCUAGUCUCUCUUAUCUGUGUAAUCUGCUUUCAGAUUUGUUCUGAAAACCAGAUGUUUUUUUAAUGCCUAAUACGUGUCAAAAUGUUGUAGUCUCAUACAACACUGGUUCUUCACUUUGAUGGCAUUUGACUUUGUUAUGAUCUGUUUGACAAGCAUGUCAAGGUUUUGUUAAAAUUAAAUAAUUAAUAUUUUGUGUGA